AAUCUUUGAUAGUUUGAAGUUUGAACUCAACAAAAACACAGUCUCUUCAUUCUACUGCAACAAUAUACCGUUUUAGGGCAAAUCUUUUUAUUCCUCCUCUUAUUAAUCCCACAUUUCGUUCAUUUUCAACAAAUUUUGAUUCAAAAAAAACUUAAUUAGAAUUUUGAAUAGAAAGAAAUAAACAUCCGGUACAUCCCUAUCCCUUAAUUUGGAUUUAGAUUCUAAAAGCCCUAAAUUUCCCCCCUCAAUAUUUUUUUUUGGGGAAAUGAGUGGAAAUCGUUUGGAUUUUGAGGAACCCAUGAAAGAUGCAAUAUCUCGGGUGCGUUUCGCUCCGGAAUCAAAUAACCUUCUCAUUUCCUCUUGGGAUUCUAGUAUUAGAUUGGUGGAUGUGAAUUCAAGUAAGCUUAGAUUAGAAGUUCAAACAGAAGCUGCACUUCUUGAUUGUUGUUUUCAGAAUGAGUCCAUUGCGCUCUCUGCGGCUUCAGAUGGUUCCAUUUUCAGGUAUGACUUACGGUUUGGAGCUCAUAGUACUAUUGGUAAACAUGAAGAUUCAGCGACUUGCAUUGAAUAUUCCCCUGAAACAAGUCAAGUAAUAACAGCUGGUUGGGAUGGGAGAGUAUUAUCAUGGGACUCUCGUUCAACAAAAGCUUCACAUCCUUCAAGUAGCUUCAAUUUAAAUGUGGAUUCUUUUUCACUCAGUGGAAUUGAAUUGUUGGCUUCCACUGGAUCCUCAUUACGCAGAUAUGACUUGCGGAAAUUGGAUGAAACAAUCCAAGGAGAAAAUCUAUCAAUGGGAUUUCGGAUAAGAUGUGUGCGUCCCAUGGCAUGCCAGAAAGGCUUUGCUGUUGGGUCGGUUGAUGGUCAUGUGACACUGCAAUCAAAUUCAGAUGAGACGGGGUAUACAUUCCGCUGUAUAUCCAAAUCAAAGAAAGGAAAAAGCCAUCCUGUAACAGUGAAUGAUAUUGCCUUCAAUCCAUCUCUCCCUGGUGCCUUUGUCACUGGUGAUUAUGAAGGCCAUGUCAUUGCAUGGGAUGGUUCAAGCAGGAAAAGAUUAUUGGAGGCAUGCAGUCUGAAGAAUACGCUUUUCAAAAUCCGGCAAUUCAUUAUCAUUGCAACGAGAACCAAUAAUCUCAGCAAAUUCCGUGAAUUUAUUUUGCAGCUUCCAAGAUAUCCGAAUAGUGUGGCUUCAUUAUCAUAUAACUCUACCGGAGAGCUUUUGGCAAUUGCUUCAAGUUAUACAUACCAAGAAGCUAAUGAAAUAGAAGACCAUCCUCAGAUUUUUAUACAAGAACUCGGUGAAAGUAAUUUGAAAUCUGCAGCAACCGGGAGUUCUUGUCGGAGAUAGUAACGUAGAUUCUUCUUCCCUUGGUACUCACCCUUACAUAAACAUUUUCAAGUUGCAGCCGAAAGAACAGCAAUGAGGCAGCUGUAACAUACCGGGUUUUCAAUCUGACCUGAUGGCUGUUUUAUGGUGAAGCCCAGGGACAUAUUGAGAUGUUACUGAUUCCACUAGAACAAUCCAAUGCCUGUUUUCAUUUGCCUGUCCAAAUUCUAAGCCAUUGUAUUUAGAAAGCAAACUCAGCCCUCUGUAUCAUUAUAUAUCAUUUUUAAUUCAAAUUUGAUGUAUGAAUGCUUUUUAGAGUGUUUAAAUCUAUCAUUAAUUGGC